AUGGCUUCCAACGCGAAAGGCGAGGGGGAGGACCCCGCGCAGUCUCUCGCGCCGGAGAAAACCCACCCGCCAACGGCGCGCUCCGCCGCCGAAUCCACAACCACCGUCGUCGAGAAGGACUGGCACGCUCGACGCUCAACCACGGACCCAAUGGCCGACGAGGAGGAGCGCAUGAACGAGGAGGUCCACGAGCUUGCCCGGAGACUGACGACGACCCAAUCCAACGCUGCGCCCGGUUCCCUCUUCCCGCUCCCCAUCGAAGGACCCCUCGACCCCAGCAGCCCCAAGUUCGACGCGCGCCAAUGGGCCAAGGCAUUCUACGCUCUUCGGGUUGAUACUUCCGAAGGGAGCCCGCCUAGAACGACCGGCGUGGCUUUCAAGGGACUCAGCGCGUACGGAUUUGGCACCUCUACGUCCUUCCAGAAGAGCGUCGGGAAUGUCUUCCUCAAGGGCGUUUCUGCGCUCAAGAAGAUCAGCGGUGCAAAGGAGCAGCGCAUCGAUAUCCUGCACGACCUCGAGGGUAUCGUCCGCGCGGGUGAAAUGCUCGCCGUGCUGGGUCCUCCCGGUUCCGGCUGCUCGACUUUCCUGAAGACCAUUGCAGGAGACACCCACGGGUUCCACGUCUCCAAGGACGCCGUCGUCAACUACCAGGGCGUGCACCCCAACGAGAUGAGAACGGCUUUCCGCGGCGAGGCCAUCUACACCGCCGAGGUUGAUCACCAUUUCCCCCAUUUGACCGUCGGUGAUACGCUGUACUUUGCCGCCCGCGCCCGCUGCCCGAAGAACAUCCCCGAGGGCGUUUCGCGGAAGGAAUACGCCGAGCAUCUCCGAGACGUGACGAUGGCCAUGUUUGGCAUCUCGCAUACCAAGAAUACCCGUGUCGGUGACGACUUUAUUCGCGGCGUCAGCGGAGGCGAGAGGAAGCGUGUUACUAUUGCAGAGGCGGCGCUGAGCUAUUCCCCCCUUCAAUGCUGGGAUAACAGUACGAGGGGUUUGGAUAGUGCGAACGCGCUGGAAUUUUGUCGGACGCUGAGGACGCAGGCGGAUAUCAUGGGGAGCACGUCUUGUGUUGCCAUUUAUCAGGCGUCGCAAGAUGCAUAUGAUAUCUUUGACAAAGUCAUUGUUCUUUACGAUGGAAGACAGAUCUUCUUUGGCAAAACUGGCGAAGCCAAGUCCUACUUCGAAGGUCUCGGGUUCAUCUGUCCCGAACAGCAAACCACCGCCGACUUCCUAACUUCCAUGACCAGCGCCCACGAGCGCAUUGUUCGCCCCGGAUGGGAGGGAAAAGCCCCGCGUAGCGCCGACGAAUUCGCCGACGCCUGGAAGGCUAGCAAGCACCGAAACCAGCUCAUGGCUGAGGUGGAAGACUACUUUGAGCGCCAUCCUUUUGGUGGCGAGCACUACCAAAUGUUCCUCGAGUCGCGCAAGGCCGACCAGUCCAAGUCCCAGCGGGCUAAAUCGCCGUUCACGCUUUCGUACAUGGAGCAGAUGGGCCUCACGCUCUGGCGCAGCGCCGUCAUGCUCAAGACCGACCCGAGUAUUCCCAUUGUCAUGCUCUUCAGCAACUUUUUCGAGGCCCUCAUCGUUAGCAGCGUGUUUUACAACUUGCCGGCCAACACAUCGACAUUUUUCAGGCGCGGCGUUCUCAUCUUUUACGUCGUUCUCAUGAACGCGUUUUCCAGCGUCCUCGAGAUCCUGUCCCUCUACGCCAAGAGAAAGAUUGUUGAAAAGCACUCCCGCUACGCCUUCUACCACCCAAGCGCCGAAGCCCUCUCUUCCAUGGUCGUUGACCUUCCCUACAAGAUCCUCAACACAAUCUUCCUCAAUACGACCAUGUACUUCAUGGGGCAUCUUCGACGCGAGGCGGGUCCGUACUUCUUCUUCCUCCUCAUCUCCUUCACCGUCACUAUGUCUAUGUCCAUGCUGUUCCGCUUCAUCGCCUCCAUCACAAAGUCCAUCGACCAAGCCCUCGCGCCGGCGUCCAUCUUCCUUCUCGCCAUCGUGACGUAUACCGGCUUCGCCAUCCCGCCGGACUACAUGGAAAAGUGGAUCGGGUGGUUCCGCUGGAUUAACCCCGUGUACUACGGCUUGGAGAGUCUCUUCCUCAAUGAAUUCACUGGCCGCUCGUUUCCCUGCACGACUUACGUGCCUUCGGGGCCGGGGUACGACUCGGUUGCGGCCGACCAGCGGGUUUGUGCUACCACGGGAUCCGUACCGGGCCAGCCUUUUGUUUUCGGAAGCGACUAUCUCAAGAGCGCGUACGGAUUCGUGAAUGUGCAUCGCUGGAGGAAUUUUGGCGUCGUUGUUGCUUUUGCCGUAUUGUACAUGAUUCUUCAUCUUGUCGCCACAGAAUAUAUUGCCUCGGAGCGAUCUCGCGGCGAAGUCCUCUUGUUUACUCGCAGGGGUAUGAAGAAGCAGACGAAGCAGUCAACGGGUGAUGUCGAGACAGGCCCUGGUGGUAAUAAGGUCGUACGAAGAGAGGCCGAGGACUCUGAUGCUCCGUCGAACAUGGAUACACAGGUUUCUGUUUUCCACUGGAAAGACGUGUGUUAUGACAUCAAGAUUAAGGGAGAGCCGAGGAGACUCCUUGAUAAUGUGGACGGAUGGGUGAAGCCGGGAACAUUGACUGCUCUAAUGGGCGUAUCUGGAGCCGGCAAAACAACUCUCCUCGAUGUCCUCGCCAGCCGCGUCACCAUGGGCGUAAUCACAGGAGAAAUGCUGGUAAAUGGCAAACAACGCGACCAAUCCUUCCAACGGAAAACCGGAUACGUUCAGCAGCAGGAUCUCCACCUUCACACGUCCACCGUCCGGGAAGCCCUCAACUUCAGCGCCCUCCUCCGCCAGCCGUCACGCUACACACAGGCCGAAAAGCUCGCAUACGUCGAUACCGUCAUCAAUCUCUUGGACAUGGAAGAAUACUCGGAUGCCAUCAUCGGCGUCCCGGGAGAAGGUCUCAACGUUGAGCAGAGGAAGAGGCUCACGAUCGGCGUCGAGCUGGCGGCAAGGCCCCAGCUUCUGCUAUUCCUUGAUGAACCUACCUCUGGGCUUGACAGCCAAACGUCGUGGUCAAUCUGCAAUUUGAUGGAGAAGUUGACCAAGAGCGGUCAAGCAAUCUUGUGCACGAUCCACCAACCUUCUGCUAUGCUCUUCCAGCGAUUCGACCGUCUCCUUCUCCUGGCUAGCGGUGGCAAGACUGUCUACUUUGGUGAAAUUGGAAAAAAUGCCAACAUCAUGAUCGAUUACUUUGUUCGCAACGGUGGUCCACCUUGUCCACCUGGCGCCAACCCAGCCGAGUACAUGCUCGAGGUUAUCGGUGCAGCUCCCGGUGCGCACACCGAUAUCGAUUGGCCUGCCGCGUGGCGGAACAGUCCGGAGUAUCGCGGAAUUCAGAAUGAACUGGCUCGUCUUGCGCGUGGAGAGGGUGCUCCGGAGCCCCAGGAUGUCGACAAGGAUCCAUCUGCCUACAGGCAGUUUGCUGCUCCGUUCACUACUCAGCUCUUUGAAGUAACCAAGCGUGUGUUCCAGCAGUACUGGCGAAGCCCGACAUACAUCUACUCCAAGGGUCUUUUGUCGUUCGGCAGUGCUCUCUUCGUCGGAUUAUCCUUCCUCAACGCCGAAAACACACAGCGCGGCCUACAAAACCAAAUGUUCGGCAUUUUCAUCUUCCUCUUCACCUUCGCCCAAAUCGUCCAGCAAAUCAUGCCCCUCUUCGUCACCCAGCGAACGCUCUACGAGGCGCGAGAGCGUCCGUCAAAAGCCUACUCGUGGCAAUCUUUCCUUAUCGCCAACGUCUUGGUCGAGAUUGCCUGGAAUUCUCUCAUGUCUGUGUUCUGCUUCGUGUGCUGGUACUUCCCCAUUGGUCUCUAUCGUAACGCGUACGCGACGGACGCCGUUGAUUCUCGUGGAAUUACCAUGUUUAUGCAGGUCUGGGUGUUCUUCGUCUUUACAAGCACCUUCGCCGAUAUGGCUAUUGCGGCCAUCGGGAGCGUCGAGAUUGCUGGUGCCAUUGUGAACCUCUUCGUCAUUAUGAUGUUCACAUUCUGCGGUGUCCUUGCCGGUCCUAACGACCUUCCCGGCUUCUGGAUCUUCAUGUACCGCGUGAACCCAAUCACUUACGUGAUCGAAGGCUUCCUCGGCACAUCUCUCGCCAACACCGCCGUCCACUGCGCCAACAACGAGUUCCUCUCUUUCAAGUCCCCCGAAGGAAUGACCUGCGCCGAGUACAUGGAACCCUACAUGUCCGUCGUCGGCGGCUACCUCGUCAAUCCCGAGGCAGGCAACGGAACCGAGUGCCAGUACUGUCAGAUGGACAACACGAACACGUUCCUGUCGAGCAUCAACGUCAGUUUCGACCACCGAUGGAGGAACUUUGGGUUCAUGUGGGCGUUUGCCGUGUUUAAUAUUGCGGCUGCUGUGAUUCUUUAUUGGCUGGUUCGCGUCCCGAAGAAGAAGGGCAAGGGGCUCAAAUAA